AUGGCCAACCUCCCGCCUCUUCCUAAGAUUGAAGGGGACAUCGACCUUCUGCUCGAUGUCUACACUCAUAGCUCGCUACGGUUUGAUGGAGCUCCGAUGAACGACGAUUAUGGUAGCACAGACAGACUCGUUGAACUCGGAGAAAAGGUCCUCGAGCUAGUCGUCACAAACCAUUUUUACUUGGAAAAGCCGUUCCUUGAUAGCGAGCAAAUACAAGUAAGCCUUCCGUGUAUCGAUAGGCGUUGUUGA